GAAAAUUUAAAAAUGGACACUGAGAGCUAUGAUAAGCAAGAGAAAAUACUUGCACAGAUUAUUAAUGAAACAGGUCUUAGAGAGGAUAAUACUUUAGAAGUCGAUGUUGAGGAUACUACGUGUAAAAUGGUCGAGUAUCUUGACUUUUCAAGUGAUGAAUCAGAGGAAGAGCAUUAUAACACUCUAAGGCCUAAAUAGAGGGCUAGAGCACCAGUUUAGUGUCAAACCAGCUGAUAUUCAAGCUAACCGUACUGCAGAUUUAUCUGAGCUUUUUGAUUAUACCUUUCAGAAGAAUGAAAAUAAAGUAGAUAAUGAAAAAAAAGAAGAAUCCCAAUCAGAGAAUCGAAUGGAUACCACUGAAUUUGAAGGCUCUAAUAUUUUUAAUAUUAAUCAGCUUCUUGAGAAGCACAACUUAGCUCCUGUUUGUACAGCUAAAGAUAUAAUGUUACGUCUCUUUGAAGUCUUAGUAGACCUUGACGACCUAAAACACCCAUCUCCAGCUCAAAAUUCUACUCUUCUUGACAGAGAGAAUAUUGAAAUCUUCUCAAAUUCCCGUAUAAAUCCUAAAUAAACCAGCUAAAACCCAUAAGCCGUCCUUAUGAACACAAGAGGUCCAACGACAGCUCUCAGAUAUCAUGAAAAUAAACGAGCCUGAAGAAAACUCUGUUGUAAAAGCCCUUCAUGAUGUGACCAAGGACAGAGAUAAAGUUCUAGCGAAGUACAGAUCAGCAAAGCAAAAAUUCAAGGAGCUUGAUGAACUUAGAGAGCAAAACACUAAGUGUCUCCAAUACAUUUGGGAGAUAGAGAAGGAUAAAGCAGAGUUAAUUGAUUAUGCUCAAACUCUUGAAUCCAGAGUUGAGUAUUACAAGAAAUUCAGCCCUGCAUCACCUAUGACAAAGAAACCUGCACUUGACAUUGAUCAGUUUAGAUACAAAAGACAGCAUAUGGAGGAUAAAUUGUCUUAUGUGAAGAAUACUUCCCGAGAGGUCUUCAAAGAUGUGACAAAUAAGUACAGAACAGCUGAAAAUUAGACUUAAUUCAAUUUUUUCUCACACAAA